AUCAGACAUCGUCUAUCCAAUUUUUAUGCCAUUAGUUUAGUUGAUCCUAUCAGCUUUGAAGUCUGGGCCGAAACUCAAGCAAAGAAUGCAGGAUCCAAGAUAAAGCCCAUCGUUCUUCAUCUGGAUAAUAAUCAAGAUAUAUCUGUAGAGUUUCGCGAUGCUUCUGUUUCUCGUUUUGGGUUCGAAUGGAUUUUUUCAUGGGAAGGUGAAAGAUAUAAAUGGUAU